AUGAUGAAUAUCACUGAAUACAAUGAAGAUACAUUGAAUCCUUUCAUUCUAAAUUUAUUUAUAAUCGAUAAAAGUGCAACAUGUACCGAAAUGGAAUCGUUACCCGUUUCCGGUUUGUUCAGUUUUUAUCGUGCUAUAGGUUUACUAUUAGGCCCAUUAAAUACUAUAUUAAAUGGUCUAUGCGUUCAUAUAUUUAAUCAUAGUGCAUGGAAAAAAUCAGUAAUGAGUAGAAUAUUGAAAGGAUUAUCCAUUAUUGAACUUGGCAUGGGAUUAAGUUUAUUUAUACAUGCAUUAAUUUUCUCACAAAAUUCAACAUCAUCUUAUUCACAUCAAAAUUUAUUUAAUAUGGACAAUGCGACUGAUGGCAAGUUUCCAUUGAAUGAUCAACAGAUCAGUCAUGAAAAUGGUUUUGAGCAAAAUUUUACGGCAACAAAUGCUUACAUUAAAACUAUAUGCUCAUUUUUUAUCAUGACAAUAUCUAGUAGAUUUUUAGUAGCAUUUCAAAUAUCACGUAAUUGGUCCGUUGUUCUGUUGGCAGCAUAUCGUUAUGAUCAAAUUUGUCGUCCUAUCGGCACAACUAGUGCAUUUCCACGUCAACGUAUCCGUUAUAUACUGAUGAUUAUAUUUUUUUUAUCAUGUUUAAUUGUUAUACCAAGAAUAUUUGAAAGUGGAAUAGUUGUUUGUUAUAUUUCAGGAAAUGUAUCUAAAGAUUUUCCCUUAUUAAUCAAUUAUAAAUUAUAUCAAAUUUUGUAUUUAGGUUUAGUAAUGUUUAUUGUACAAUCUGGUGGUCCAGUUAUAUGCGUCUGUGUAUUAAGCGCAUUUGUCAUUAGAAUUAUAGCAAAACGUCGGAAAUUCCAUCGAGAAAAAGAAAAACGUUCAGCUAGAAAUUUAUUAAAAAGUCAAGCAAUGGAAAUAGAUGUUAAUCAAUCAAAUUUAAAGAACUCUAAUACUACUACUACUACUAAUAAUAAUAAUAAUAAUAAUAAUAAUAAUAAUAGUAAUCAAAAUCAAAAUCUUUUACCACGUAAUUCAAAUGAUUUGGCAAAAGAGAUAACUGAAAGACCAGCUCCAUCAGGUGACAAGUUGAUGUUUGCUGUCUGUAUAACAUUUUUUAUUUUAGAAACUCCAGCAUUUUUCAGCAAAAUAUUAAAUCCUUACUUAGAACAAGACUAUCCACUGAUUGAUUUAACAUUGUCAGUUAUUGCGAAUUUGUUGAUUUACUUAGAUUCCACAUUAAAUGCAUUUAUUUACAUGGCGUCUAAUCCAUUAUUUCGAAAAAUUGCUGGAGAAGAAUGUACACAAUAUCGUAAUCGUUCGGUUUGUUGUAAAACUUCAAAACCUACGUAA